CUCCUCCUGUGUUGUUGCGACUAUUUCCGAAAUGAAUCUAGCAUCGUCAACACCCCCGCCCCCUCACGCCGCCGUAUAUGUGGGUGCUUGUCAAGUAAAUACGUUUGUAAACAGUGGUGCAGCGCCAUCUACCUGCGAUUGAGGGAAGCGGUUCAGCACGAGUUCACUGAUUGCACUGUAGCACGUUAAUGCAGAUAACAGUGUUUAUGCGGGGGUGAGACAACCGCGAUGCACCGUUUUCGCUUAGUGACAUUUGAUGUUAGUGGGACACUUCUUAAUUUUCGGAGGCCACCUCAGACAUUGUAUUCAGAGGCAGCGUCUCUCUUCGGCGUUACUGCGCAGCCAUCAGACAUCGCUUUAAUAUUCCGAGCACAGUAUGAUAAAUUAUCCCGUGAGCAUCCGAACUUCGGUCAAAAAACCGGCAUAGGCUGGAAAAAGUGGUGGAAUCUGCUGGUCGUAGAUGUUCUCGAAAAGGCAACGCGAUGCCAGUACAACAGAAGCACUUAUGACAGUGUUGCAGGUUAUCUCAUAAAUGCUUUCGAGAACGGAGAUUGUUAUGCCAUUGCUGAAGGCGCCCAAGAUUUAUUGUCAUAUCUGCAGCAGACAAACACAAUUAUUGGCGUAAUCUCAAACUACGAUGAAAGACUGCAUUGUGUACUGAAUUCACUGGAUUUAAAUAAGUAUUUUAAUUUUGUUGUAACAUCAUAUGAAGCUGGUAUUGAAAAGCCAUCACCCAAAAUAUUUGAAAAAGCCCUGGCCUUAGCAUUGAAGAUUGAUACCCAUGUAACUCCAUCAUGUUCUCUUCAUAUUGGUGAUAAAGUCGAAACCGAUUAUGUUGGAGCCAUUGGGGCGCAUUGGCAUUGUGCUUUAGUGACGAAAAGCAGUGAUGAACUGUGUAGAAGAGGACUGCAAAGACAAGGUGUAUUACCGAAUUAUAUUUUCCGCGAUCUUGUUGAACUUAGGGCAAAGCUCCCACAUCUAUGGGAAAGGGACAUUGGUGAAGAUGCUAAGAAAUUUUAGAAGGUUAAAAGUAAACUAGUUGGGGCCUGCACUUAUAUUAGUUUCAACAAAACCUUUUGCAAGAGUGCAGUGAAAUAAAAAGAAACAUGUUUACUGCAUAUUGAAGAAGUAUGUGCCCACUUUGUGAAGUCAUAAGAGUCUUUUAUAAUAUAAACGAGACAGGCAAAUAGAUUAGCUGCGAAACAAUGGAUAUUAUGUAACAUCUUGUACUCCUGUAUUGAACGCCAACCGCUUCUACGGAUCAGAAUAUGUUUGCAUUAGAAUUUUGCUUUUGUGUGAAAACGUCUGGUGGGGUAUAUAACUUAAAGCAUGUAUCAAUUAGGGGAAAGAACCACACAAAUCAGCUGACAUCUGAAGCAACAACAGCAUAUAAAUGAUUCUUGGUGUAUUUUUAAUUAAUGGGCCUUGAUUACAUUUUCCAAGUCCAGAGUAUUAACAGACAAGUCGGGAGGUGCCAAGUGCUUCCACCGUAGUUUAUGUCCUGUUUUCUUGUCAACCAUUGUGUUCCAGUUUUUCUUACUACUUCUUGCACCAAUUUCCUGUUGGCCCUUCUAAACAACGAAAGUUCCAAGGUGAUGUUUAAGCUUUGUUCAUUAACUUAUUAGCCACUCUGGUACAUGGAUGAAAAGUGCUUGCAAAUACAGAGCUAGAUAUAUUACGUGGAAAGAGGGCAGUUCAAAGGCAAUUGCUGCAUACAAUAAACUUGAAGUAUUUUAAAUAAAUGUUAUCUGGAGCUGUGAGCAGAGUAUGUGAACACUCUGGACUAUUUAAACCAGCAAACACAAGAUAUAAAAUUCACAUGCAUUGUAUAUGAAACUGCUACAAAUUUUUAAAUUACAUUAUGUACUUGGCACAAGAGAUGUAAUUGACACAAAAAACUAUCCCCAUGUUUGUGAUUUUAAUUCUCUCAUUUCGUUUUUAAAGCACAGCCUUUAUACACUAAACUUUUCAGUACUAAUGUUUGCAUGUAAACCUUUCCUAUCAGAAUCAAUUAUUUUAACUUGAGAUUGGCAUGCCUUAAUAAAUGUAAGUCAAAAUCAUAACUGUACUGUCUACCAUUUUAUGUAAUCAGGGACAGUUGUGUUUCAGCUUUAUUAUGACGGUAUAAAAUUUGAGUUUGUAUCACAUAUAAAGUGACACACACUACAAAUCACACAUCAGAGAAGUUGUUAAAAGAUAAAAGUAUAAUGACUGUGGAAUUAGAUUGUAAAGGAAAACUACUUUGCAUGUAUUGGAGAUUGUGAUACUGUCAUUCUGGGUUAUGAUGAUAAUAUAUUUUUUAUGUUGUUCAGUGUAUGGUUAUAUUUAUGUAUUUGCUGAAAAUCCAUAUUUUUCACUAUGGUCUGAUUUUUCAAGUUUAAAGGUGUUAGUAACAAGAAUGUUCAAUCUCAAAACCGAUAUAGUCCCGCCCCGCAGUGUUGUUGAUAGUGUGAUAAUAUGUUGUUAUGGUCAACAUUGUGGUUAUAUAAUGCUAACAAAUAGUUGUGUUGCUGAUAGCACUACUGGUCAAAGCUAAGAGAUCAUAUCAUUCCCUUCACUACUUUAAUUACUUCUCCUCAAUGCAGUGCGUCAAAUAGAUUCACUUGUAACAUCAUGCCCUGAAAGACAAUUGAGUUCAAACAGCUUCUAACUUCUUCACUGAAAAAUAUUAUUAUCACUUCUAUGCACAUUGAUGUGGUAAUCAUGAUUGCUCUGCCAAAUUGUGCUAGGAUGGUCUCAUCAAUGGAAGGAGGCCUUUGGAUAUGGCACAAUCACUUAAGAUAGAUGUCUGAUCUUAUUCAAUCUCCAUGGAUCUUUGGUUGAUACAGAAUACAUGGUGGAAUCUAGGAAUGGACUUUUAUGAGAAUAGUAUCCAUUUGUUCUAGUUUCUUGUUGUGGUCUAGGCCUUGUUGAUGUUGCAGGAGGCAAUUGGGAAUGUCAUCUGUCAUAUGGAGUUGCGCAAUAAUUAAGUAACAAAAUUAUAUAUUUGCAUACAGUGUCUGCGUGAUGAAGAGUGAUAUUCUGCAUUGCUCGCUCUUCAUUUUAAGCCUCUGUACUCUUUAUCUGAAGAGAAUCUCUGACUAAUGUAGUUAGAAAUAGAGGAGGAGUGCGUAGGAGACCAGCUGCCGGCGGAAACUCGCUAACAUGAACAGCAAAGUAUCAUAAAUGAACUGUAUCUUAUCUUUGUUUUUUUUGGGGGGGGGAUUCUGGGAUUCUUUUCAUAUCUGUGCACUGUGAAAUAAACCUGCACUGAUUUCAAAAUUAGUUAUUCCUGGAAAGAAGCAAUAAGUACCCAAUGGUUGUGAUCGCAGCAUUAAUAACUGUUAGAUGCCAAAAUCUAGGUUUGUCUUGAUGUGUAUUUUUUUCCACCACAUAAUUUACUGCAAGCAAUGAACUAACUUCACCAGGCCAUGCCCAAUUUAGACAGAUAUGUAAUGUGUUCAGAGUACAUGUAAAUGUUACAAA